CUUCUGCUCGUCGGAGGAGAGUGCGUGCGGUAUUUGCAGCCACUUGCGUGGGUAGGACUUGUUCGAUUCGGCCCGUGGCGGCGUAACCGUUGCGCCAGGCGUUCUGGCGAGCACGACCUGGCGAGCUGCGAAUGUUGAACGUCGGCGUAAUGAUAAUGGAGUGAAGAGUUUCCAAGCGGUCCUGAUGUUGGACAUCGCACGAACAUUGUGCUUUUUUCUUGGGAGCAAGCGUAGCGAUACAAGGAACCUCUUGUGUAAAUGGAAGAAAGCUUCAAAGCAGUUUGAAGCUUUCGGUGUGGUAUUCAUGGAACUAUGAACCUAGAUCCGUUGUCUUUUGCUUUGUCUUAUAUUAGUUACUCUGUGUCCAGCUUGACAAAGAAGAACUUCAAGUCCAGUGUUCAAGAGAUUUCCCGCCUUGUCGCCCUGCACGGGUUUGAGGCAGAGCGGCAUCUGCUUCGUUGCCUUUUUUCCCACGUUGACUUCAGUGGAGAUGGUAAAAGUAGUGGAAAAGACUUCCAUCAGACCCAGUAUUUGAUCCAGGAGUUUAGCUCCAUUCUUUCCAAGCCCAAUCUUGUCUCAAGUGUGUGCUUUUCUAUAGAGAAUCCUCUUCACCAUCAAAAGAGUCUUCGACCAAGCCCCUUGCUUCUGCCCCAUAUCAGCCGUGUGCUAAGACUGAACCGUGUGCAAGAAGUUGUUCUUGGCACUUGUUUGCUUCAUUCCUCCAGUGCAGAGCUCUGUAGUUGUGCUACACAGUUCAUUCGACUCAAGCUUCCUGACCUUUUACGGUCGUACACAGAUUCUGACUCAUCCACACAGGAGGGUGAUCUUCAGGAUUGCUCUCCUGAGGUUCUUCACCUUUUGCUUGUAGAGUUAUUGAACAAAAACUCUGAGCACUUUGGUGUCACUAAUGAACUGAAAGAGUCUUUCUUUGAGAAUCUCCGUAAAGAUUUUCCUCAGGAUAGAGUGCCGGUAGUUUUAGCACCCCUGCUUUACAGCGAAGCAUCUGAUGUGCUCAUGGUAAAAGGAAUGACUGAGCCAGCUUCAAACAUGUCGAAACCUAUGGAACUGUCACACGUAGACCUCAUCAAAGAAGUCGGCUAUGGAUUCACUGCAAGUGUGGAGGAGUGUCGCCAGAGCCUCAUCCAGAUGGGUCUGCGGGACCCUGGGCCAUGCAUGGUGGCCAGAGUUCUGUCCAUGAUGGCCAACACCCAUACAGGCCUUUCUGAGCCACUCCAGGGCCUUGGGCCAUCAGCGGCAUCUGCUUGGGGGGCUGACAAGGAUGCCAAUACAAGCCAUGUUACUUGGAACAUUGACAUUUUCAUUCAGGCACUCUAUGACUUGGUACCAACGCUGAACUGGAAAGAAGUCGUUAGUGAACUGGACUUUCCAGGCUUCUUUGUGAAGGAUCGACAAGGCCUGAAGAUACUCUGGCAUGGCUUGUGCAGAGGGUUGGGCAGUGAGCCCUUCCCUACAGACCGCUUGUACAGAAUUUGGAGGAACCCAGAGUCCCAGCUGUCAUUGUUUCUCCAGAUUAUGAAAAAUUCUGACAUUGUUUGCCUGACUGACUACAAGUACCGGCCUGUGUCCAUGGAGAUUUUGAAGGCACUUCCUGAAGAUGACAACAGAGACAUUGCCAAUUGGAAAUCUUUGGACCUUGUAGAGACUCUCCUGACCUUGUCAGAGAAAGUGCAGUACUCAUCGCAUGUACAUGAUUUGUUCAAAUACCCUGUUCAACAUUGUCCUGACUUGCUGAUGCUUGGGCUUCUACAAGCUUCAGUGAGUCCAGAUGGACCCAUGCAAGGGUUUCGUCAGGAACUCUUGACAAACCUUGUGUUUGUGUUUCUCAGCAAUCAUCCAAAUUCUGCAAUAGUGCUGCAGGCAGCUUGGAAUGUUCAGAACCAUGCCAAUGUGGUUCGGCCCUUGAUCAUGCACACCAUGGCCGACUGGUACAUGCGUGGUGGAGAGAGUGAGCAAGGACGUCUCUCUCGAAUUCUGGAUGUUGCUCAAGACCUGAAGGCCCUCUCUGUUCUGUUGAGCAGCAACUCCUUUCCUCUGGUGAUUGACUUGGCUUGCUUGGCCUCACGCAGAGAAUACCUCAAGCUUGACAAGUGGCUCAAUGACAAGAUCUUUGAGCACAAGGAGGCAUUCAUUCAAGCCUGUGUCAAUUUUCUGAAGCGUAGGUGUCCCCAGAUUAUGGGUGGCAUAGUCAAGGAGGAAAAUUUGCCAAAAAGUGCUCAACUACCAACUGAAACACUGGCUACUAUGCUGUCCUGUCUCCAGCAGUAUGCAGGCAGUGUUAGUCAGGAACUUUCGGAAACCAUCUUGACCAUGUCAGGAAAUUGUAGUAUUCUGCUGAACAAGCCACGCCAACCACCACCAGGUGUCGUCAAAACACCUAGGGGCUUGGAGCCGGCAUUUUCAGCGGCCAGCCUCAAUCCAUCUCAGGCUCCUCAGCAGCAGCAACAACAGCAGUCUGCACUUCCUUCACCUUCGGCAUCAGCUGCCUCGGUGCCAGGAAUGGGAGGUGCUUUAGGAAGCACAUUGGGUCCCAUGGGUUCUCCAUCUUCGUUGGGUGCAUACCCUACGCAGUAUUCUCAGGGAGCUGGCACUGGUGUGCCUUCUGCGUCUGUUCCAUACACCCAGCCGAGGCAACAAAUGCCUCCAGCAGCUUCUGCACAGCAGCCUCAGCAACUGCCUGCACAGCAGCAGCCACAUCCUCAGCUCCCGCCAUAUGGUCCACAGGCUCAGCAGCAGCUUAUGCAGAACUCCCAGUUGCAGCCACAACCGUUACCAUCGCAGUCCUUACAGCCACAGCCUCUGCAACCUCAGUCAUUGCAAUCCCAAAGUCUGCAACCUCCGACUUUACAGCCCCAGGCCCUACCCCCCCAAGGAUUGCAACCUCAAGCGAUGCCGCCUCAAGGCUUGCAGCCGCAGACGUUGCAACCACAAGGCCUACAGCCCCAGGGUCUGCAACCACAGAGCUUGCAGUCUCAGCAGCAGACAUCAGCUUCAGUUGGCAUGGUGGCUGCUUCUUCAGCAUCAUCAGUCCCUCCACCUAGCCCCACUGUGUCUACAUUGUUUCCCAGCAUGGCAGACAGCUACCGACCUCCGAGCCAGCCUCCUUCACUGCCCACACCCAUGAUCUCUGAUCAGGACCUGCAAAGUUCACUGCCUCCACUGCCUUUGGCGGGUGUGCCAAGCGUGGUGCCAGCUUCUGUGGAUGAUCUUUGCCCUCUGGAGGGUCCCCUAAGCAGUUCUCUGGAUGGGCCAUACACAUGCCCAUUACCCCCUGAGGACCCUUACCUCCUGCCACCUGAUGACGUGCUGCCUCCUAUUGAGCCUAUGACCAAGCGCAAGCCCAGCCGGAGCAAAAAGAAGGCCAAGACGUCUCAGGAAAUGCCCCCUCUGGGCUUGGGGCCUGGGGAGAGCCUCAUGCCUCCUGAUUUCAUGAUGCCUCCAGAGAGCCCAGGUGGCAUGCCCCUGCUCCUUCCACAGCCACCCGGUAUGGAGGUUCCACCUCCUCCGCCUCCUCCUCCUGCAAAGAAGAGCAAGAAACGCAAACCCAAGGAGCCGAAAGAAGGAGAGCCUCCCAAGGAGCCCAAGCCUAAGAAGCCGAAGAAGCCCAAGGCUCCCAAGCCUCCUAAAGAACCAAAAGAGGGAGGGACCCCACGGCGUAAGAGCAAGUCCAAAAAGAAGACCGCUGCUGAGCAGGAAGCAGCAGCAACGCAGUUGGCAUCAGCGGACGUCCAGGAUCCUGCAGCUCCUUUGGCAGAAACAGCCCCUGAACAAACCGAAGGAAGUAGCACAGUUGAUGCAGCUGUAGCAGCAGUAGCAGCAGGGACAUGCACAUCAGUACCAGUUCCAUCAACUAUUGAUGGGCACUUGCCAGCAGAUGAAGUGAAAGCAGAUGGAGAGACUGCUCAGCCUGCAGAAGAAGGCAAAACGCCAAAAAAGAAGUCUAAAGAAAAGAAAGAGAAAAAAGAACCAAAAACACCUAAGGAAGGAACACCUAAAACACCCAAGGCACCAAAGAAAAAGCUUCCCAGGUUGUCACUCAAGUUCAGCAAAAAGAAGAAGCGCAAACGGCUGGGCUCCUCAGACAAGUCUGAUUUGGAAGGCACUCCGCCUCCUUCUCCUGAAGAAGGUGAUGGAGGUGUGCAGAAGCGACGUUCAUCGCGGAACACCCACAGAAAGAAGUACACUGAUGACAUUGAACUGCAGUUGAGUGGUGACGAGGCUGUUUUAGAUGGUCUGCAUGCUUCCCACGCCCUUCGAGGGCAGGAAACGAAGAAUGUCCAAGUUCUUGUCAAUGUUGUCACUGAAGACACCAUGGUUGUUGAAAAAAUCCUCGCUUCUCGAAUGGCCACCAGGAAAUCCGAAGAGGAGGACAAGGAACCUGUGGAUGUCGAGGAGUUUUUUGUGAAGUAUAAGAAUCUUUCAUACAUUCAUUGUGACUGGAAGACUCUGGAAGAGUUGGAGAUGACUGAUAAGCGUGUGCUGCAGAAAGUGAAGCGUUUCCGUCAGAAGAAGGACAACAUCAACUCAAUCUUUGACUUCCUUGAAGACGAGCCCUUCAACCCCGACUAUGUAGAGGUAGAUCGGAUCUUGGACAUGACCGAGACUGUAGACCCCAUAGAAAGUGACUAUGCAAAUCAGGCAGAUGUCAAAGAUGAGAAGCCAACAACUAAGACUGAAGAAAACAUUGCUGAAGAUGAGGGAAAGGCAGAACCAAUGGAUACUACUGAGCCUGUGGAGCAGAAUGGAGAUGGGCAGGAGUGUAAGGUGCAUGAACAAACAGAAAACCAAGGAACAGGGGAUAAUAAUGGAGAAGAUGACACUGGAGAGGCUAAUACUGAAGAACCUCAAAAUGGCACUUCUGAGACAGUGGAAGAAGCCAAGAAAGAAGACAGUGGUGAUGCCUCUGAAAUUUUGAGUUCGCCAGCAGCUGCUAGGGAAGGCCCUGAUAGUAGCAUGUGUGAAGAUGAGACAAUUUCACUUCCCCAGCAGCCAAUCAAAAAGGAGCUUCCUGAUGAAGAGAUGCCUGACAGCGUAAUACCAGAGGCUGACAGCGUAAUACCAGAGGCUGACAGCGUAAUACCAGAGGCUGACAGCGUAAUACCAGAGGCUGACAGCAUAAUACCAGAGGCUGACAGCAUAAUACCAGAGGCUGAGAGCGUAAAGCCAGAGGAUGACAGUGUGUUUGAGGACAAUGCUGCAACCACACCUGUCAAGUCUGAUGGCCUUUUGGAACCAAAGGAAGAAAAGCCUGAACAGGGCAAGGCUGGCAGCAGUGAUGAGUCUGACAGCAGCAAGCCGAAACUGGUGCGCACUACACACAAGCACUAUUUAGUCAAGUGGAGAGGUCUCUCCUAUGAGGAAAGCACAUGGGAAUUGGAAGAAGAUGUGGAUCCACUAAAAGUUGAGCACUUCCUGAGAUUUAAAGACCCUCCCCCUAAGGAGAAAUGGAAAGUGAAGAAGCGGCCUAAGCCGUCUGAGUGGAAGCAGAUAGACGAGUCGCCAGUGUACAAAGGAGGGAACACAUUGAGAGAGUAUCAGCUUGAGGGUCUUAGUUGGCUGACCUUCUGCUGGUACAAUGGACAAAACUGUAUCUUGGCCGAUGAAAUGGGCUUGGGGAAGACUAUACAGUCAUUGACCUUCAUCAACGAGAUAGUGAAAUAUGGUAUCAAUGGACCAUUUCUUGUGAUUGCUCCACUUUCAACUAUUGGCAACUGGCAGAGAGAGUUUGAAACGUGGACUGACCUAAAUGUUAUCACCUAUCAUGGAUCGUCAGCAAGUCGCAACAUGAUCCAGGAGUAUGAAAUGUACUACAAGGAUGAAAAUGGGCAGCGCAUUACUGAUGUGUUCAAGUUCCAAGUGAUGAUUACGACAUUCGAGAUAGUGCUCAGUGAUUGCUUGGAGCUGCAGGCACUCCCCUGGCGUGCCUGUGUGAUUGAUGAGGCCCACAGACUGAAGAAUCGAAACUGCAAGCUCCUAGAAGGGCUCCGAAUGCUCAAUCUUGAGCACAGCGUUUUGCUGACUGGAACCCCAUUGCAAAACAACGUCGAAGAGUUGUUCAGCUUGCUGAAUUUCUUAGAGCCUAGCCGUUUCAGCUCCACUGAGACAUUCAUGGAGGAGUUUGGAGACCUGAAGACUGAAGGGCAGGUCGACAAGCUCAAAGCAUUACUGAAACCCAUGAUGUUACGUCGUCUCAAAGAGGACGUUGAAAAGAGCCUGGCUCCUAAGGAAGAAACCAUCGUUGAGGUGGAGCUGACUAACAUCCAGAAGAAGUACUACCGGGCCAUUUUGGAACGCAAUUUUGCCUUCUUGACAAAAGGUGGAGUGGGCACAAAUGUCCCGAAUCUCAUGAACACCAUGAUGGAGCUACGAAAAUGCUGCAUUCAUCCUUACCUAAUCAAAGGGGCAGAGGAGCAGAUCCUGCAGGAGUACCGGCUUCAGCAUGGUGAAUCCUUGGAGAUGUCACUCAAUGCAUUGGUUCAAGCAUCUGGGAAGCUGGUUCUGCUGGACAAACUACUUCCUAAGCUUAAAGAUGGUGGCCAUCGUGUGCUUGUUUUCUCUCAGAUGGUGCGCUGUCUGGACCUGCUUGAGGAUUACCUUGUUCACAAAAGGUAUCCCUAUGAGCGAAUUGAUGGAAGGGUUCGUGGAAACCUUCGUCAGGCUGCCAUUGAUAGGUUUUGCAAACCAGACUCCGACAGAUUUGUGUUUCUGCUGUGCACACGAGCAGGCGGAUUAGGCAUCAAUCUCACCGCAGCUGACACUGUCGUAAUUUUUGACUCGGAUUGGAACCCACAAAAUGACCUUCAGGCACAAGCUCGUUGCCACCGAAUCGGACAAUCAAAAGCUGUCAAGGUGUAUCGUCUCAUCUGUCGGAACACGUAUGAACGAGAAAUGUUUGAUAAAGCCAGCCUGAAGCUUGGUCUGGAUAGGGCAGUCUUGCAGUCAAUGAACUCUCAAAAAGAGAGUGUUGGAAUGAAUCAGCAGCUGACUAAGCAAGAAAUUGAAGAUCUGCUUCGGAAGGGUGCCUAUGGAGCCAUUAUGGAGGAUGAUGCAGAUGGCAAUAAUUUCUGUGAAGAAGACAUUGAUCAAAUUUUGUUGCGUCGCACGCACACCAUCACCAUAGAAUCUGAAGGGAAAGGUUCUACAUUCUCCAAGGCCUCCUUUACUGCUUCAUCCACGCGUAGUGACAUAGAAAUUGAUGAUCCCAACUUUUGGGAGAAAUGGGCCAAGAAGGCAAACUUGGAUGUGGAUGAGCUGAAAGGCAGAAAUGAGCUAAUCUUGCAAGAACCUCGGAGGCGCACUCAGACCAAGCGUUUUGGGACUGAUGACAACAUGCUGGACUUGUCAGAGCUGGAGUCUAGCGAUGAGGAUGAUGAUACAGGUGUUCGCACUCGAGGAAGCCGGCGUUCACGUCAUCGGGACUCGCCUAUAAUCGGUGGCCGAGCACGUCGAGGUGGUCGAGCUAACCGUGGUUUCUGUGAGGAUGAAUUCUUGGGUGAUAUUGCGCCUGGAAACUGGACACGCACCGAGUGCUUCCAAGUGGAGAAAGGAUUGCUCACUUUUGGUUGGGGCCGUUGGGAAGAGAGCAUAGCAAUCGGGCUUUGGCGACGACGAGUCAUGCCAAAAGAUGUUGAGGACAUCUCCAGGGUUGUGCUCUUGUACUGUUUGCGGCACUACAAGGGUGAUGAGAAGAUCAAGGGCUUCAUUUGGGAUCUGAUAGCACCGUCUGAAGAUGGCGAGACCAGGAUCCACAAAAAUCACUCGGGUUUGUCAGCACCUGUGCCAAGAGGGCGCAAAGGCAAGAAGCUAAAAAAUGGUAAAGGAGAGCCUGAUUCACCUGACAUGUUGGCUGACUGGGCUCGGGAUGACCAGUACAACCCUGACCUCCUUCUCUGUGAUGAUGGCUAUCGUAAGCACUUGCAUCGGCAUGCUAACAAGGUUCUCCUGAGGGUUCGCCUUCUCUACUACCUGAAACAUGAAAUUAUAGGAGAUUUGCACCAGCAAGUAUUUGCAGGAGUGCCAGCCAGGGAUAUUCCUAUUCCACCGCCAGCAGCUGAUGGCGAACCUCCAGCUCCUUGGUGGGACGAAGAUGCUGACAAGUCCCUUUUGAUAGGGGUGUACAAACAUGGUUAUGAAAGGUUUAACCUGAUGCGCCAAGAUCACACCUUGUGUUUUCUGGCACGAUGUGGUCCUCCUGAUGGUGCUGCCCUUCUUGCAGAAAUGACAGCGAAUCCUGAGGACCUAGAAGACAAGCGUGAAGAAGGAAAGAAGGACCUUGAUGAAGAAGAGCCUGUCUCUCCUGAGCCAUCUACAUCUUCAGAGGCGAAACCUCCUUCGGAGUCUUCAGAGCAAGUGGCACCAACUGUUGAACAGCCUGCACCCAAUCCUGCUGGACCCACUACUACUGCACCUCAGGCGCCAGGUGAAAUGGGCACUUUGGAAUUCCCUUCUCCUUCCGACUUGAACACACGCCUUCGGCGCAUCAUUACCAUGUACCAAAGGAACCACAAAAAAAGGGAGCUCAUCAAUGCUCAGCGUGCAAGGAACACAGCCUACCAGAUUUUAACGGCUAUUCAGGUGGAGGGUUUUAACUUUGUAAAUCGAAUGGAAAGAAGAGAGAAGUUUGAAGCUGCCAUUCGCGAAAGGGAAAUACGUAGACUUGAAACUCAGCAGAGGUGGUCAAGACGAGAAGAAGCAGAGUUCUAUCGAGCAGUGUCAUGCUAUGGUGUGGACUAUCGGCGCCAGGAGCAACGCUUUGUGUGGGAUGGCUUUCGUACAGUAGGCCGUCUUGAGCGCAAACGAGAUGACACUUUGACCGAGUACUUCCGUGCCUUUCGUGCGAUGUGCCGGCGUGUAUGUGGGCGCAAGCUAGGCGAGGAAGAUGAGAACCUGCAGUACGUCGUUGAGCCAAUAUCUGAAGAGAGAGCCACACGCUGUUUGCAACGUAUUGAGCUGCUGAGUAAAAUAAGGGAAGAGAUUCUGCCACAUCCUGAAUUGGAUGAGAGACUGAAACUGUGUCAGCCUUCUAUGGACCUUCCGGACUGGUGGAUAUGUGGACGGCACGAUAAAGAUCUGCUCAUUGGUGCAGCUAAGUAUGGCUUAAGCAGAAUGGAUUAUCAUCUGCUAAAUGAUGGAGAACUCUCUUUCCGUGAAGUUGUUCGUGCACAGUCUGCAUCAAAGCCUCCUGUGGUGAUUGUUGGGCAUCAUGGGCACCCUUUCCCUGUGGCAUCUACUACAGUGGAUGUUGCAGUGCCAGCCAUAUUAAAAGCAGCUGUUGACAGCGACCUAGAAGUGUGUCCCGAGAUGGUUACUCAAACUGCUGUGGCUCCUCCUGCAUCAAAGGAUGAAAGUGCUGUUCUUCCUGAGGCAGUUGACAGUAAGGCCAACAAUUCGAGUGCAAAUGAGAUGCCUGCCUGUGAAACUUCGGGGGAAGCUGAUAAGUUGGCUCUUAGCGAAGACAGUGUUUUGGAAGUGGCAAAAACACACGAAGAAGAUGCUGUCCCGCCAGGCGCUGUAAAUGUGAAGUCUGAAGAAGCCAGCUCACCCAAAGCUUCUUUUCAAGAAGAUGAGGCAUUGGACAAAGGAGAACAUAGCCAUAAGUCUCUUGAACAUGAAGAGCCUUCUAUGAAAAACAAUAUUGAAGAGAAACCUGUGCAAGCAGUGGAAGGCAAUGAAGGAAACAAUGACGUGGUGCUUUUAGCCGAUGAGCCUUCCAAAGUUCAGGCUUUAGAGCAGCCACUUGAGGAAAGCAGUACAAAGGAGCAGCCUGUUGAACUAGAUGAGUUGCCUUUAGAAGAACCAAAGAAAAGUGAAGAAAAGAGUAUGGACGUUGUUCCUGAAAAACAAGAUGAACCUGACAAAGUUCUUUCUGAGCCUACGGAGAUGGAAGCAACAGAAGGAAAGUCAGUGGACAUAAAUGACGAAGCCAAAGAUGAGGAACCCCAGAAGACAAGUACUGCUGAAGAGAGCCAACAGCAGCAGCCUGCUUCUGACAACUCUACUGUGCAGGGGGCUUUGUCUGCGUCACUAGGGUUCACACCAUUGGAGAUGUCUGUACCAGGAGUUGUGCCUCCACCCCCCGUAGAAGACGACAAUUCAAAGACUGAUGUUGAGAAGACUGAUACAGAGCAAGACCCUGUUGAAAUGGUUCCUAGUGGCACAAGAAUGCCUCUCUCUGGAUUUCCACCAUUCCGUGUUCUCACUCCACAGUUGACUGAAGAAUCUCAGGAAGCAAACUCACAGCAGGAUGACGUUUUAAGUCAAGAGAGUUUCAACUUGGAUGGAGAAGGUGGAACAGAGCCACCAGUUGUACACUUCAUGGCUCACUCCACUCGCAAUCCAGUUCGGUGGCCGAAGAGCACUCCCCAAUAUUGCAUCCUUCAUAGCCGAGAGUACAACUUUCAGAUGGACAAAGUACUUCAGAUUCGAUUGGAAUACAUUGUACAUGCUGUGGAGAAAAAGGAGUGGCCGGUACCUCGCCAAGGUUUCACCUUGUUGCCAGCUACUCCGACAGAGUCUCCUUCAUCACCUGUGGCCUCAUCAGUGGCAUCUGGCUCUGAACAAACCCUGCAUGCCACUCCUGAGCACAUAUCCACUCCUGUGAUCAUACGAGAGCAGCACCCUCCACCACCCCCACCACCACCACCCCCACCCCCUCCUCCACCUCCUCCACCUCCACCAGUUAUCCUUCCUGACAUGACAGCAAGGCUUUCCCCAGCACUUGUUACACCAAGUGUGGCAGCCACUGCAGCCGGCAUUGCAGCAUCAACUACUGUCACCUCGUCAGUGGAUAUGCCUCCAGUUGUGUCUGUGUCUGCUGGUCGCCACAGUCCUAUCCCACCAUCACCGAAUGAUGACUUGCUCAUAGGCACAAGGCGGAGAAGAAGGAGACGAAGGUUCGAAAUAGAGGCAGAGAGAGCCAAGCUACGAGCACUCCUGUCCCAUAACUUGCAACAGCAGCAACUGAAGCAACUCCAGCAGUUUCUGGCACCUCCUCCACCACCCAGCACCAGCAGCCUGUCCAGCGCACUAGCCACGGCCACAUCUACCAUGAGCACAGUGGCCCCAAGUAUACCAGCCAGUGUGGUGGCCACUGCAGCCGCUGCCGUUGUCACUGCAUCCACAGUAACAACACCUCAGCCGGCGCACCGUGAAGAGCCGAGCAAGGCUCCCCCGCCACCACCUGCCCACCAGGGUUCAUCGUCAGUGCGGGGAGGAGGACCACCGGCCAGUGCGCUGGGCAUGCUGGAUCUGCGGGUCAAAGCAGCACCCACGCCGCCUCCUGCCAAGGCCAGCACACCAGCCCCACCUUCCGAGGAGCCACCCAUGGACUUGAGUUCGGGGGGCUCAAUGCCUGCCACAACGUCAAAUUUAUGUGCAGCAGCUACCAUGGUGCCGUCAGUGCGAUCGGCCCUGCUCAAUGGUGCUGUGGCAGCCAGUCGGGGACGGGGAGGCGGGCGGGGGCGGCGUUCCGGUGGCAGUCGCAUCGAUGCCCUGGCCCUCAACCUGCAAGCGCGCAAGCAGCAGCAGCUGCGUGAGGAGCACAAGCAGCCAGGCUCGAGUGCAGAUGAGAGGGAAGAUUCAGAUGCCUCAUCAACCACCUCAGCUCCAGCUGUGCCCCCACCGGCACCAAUGGCGCUGCCUAUGUCAGGUGGAAAGCUGCAUGUAGAUGAAAAGGAGUUGGAGCGGCUGCUGGCAAGAAAGAGCCGCCACGAGGAGCCUCCCAAAUCCCACAAAAGCACUACAGUGCCCUUGUCUCUGUCUUCUAUGCUGUCAUCAAGCGUUAUGCCUCAUGGUGCAGACGUUCCCAGCAGCAGUCGACAAGUCAGGGACAUCCCCAGUCUGAGCAGCGUGGCUACUAGCCUCCCUGGCGCGAACAAGGCUGUGGAUUCUCGCGGUGGCUCUUCAGCCCUUCAGCAACAGCAGCAGCAGCAGCAGCAGGCGGCAGAGCAGGCCUCGGCGGCAGCAGCCAUGCACCAGGACCUCAAACGUUGGUUGGAUGACCAUCCUGAGCUGAUGGCCAGCCACCCAAGUCUGACAGCCGCUGCAGCGGCCAUGGCCUUUUCGCCCAUGCCCUCUCUGUCAAGCCAUCAGCUGGAGUUGCUCGAGUUGCCCGAGUCAAGGCGAAGGGGCAGGAGACCUCGGUUGGACCCUAGCAAGCUGGAUCCGCACUGCCUCACCGGAGAUGAGAAUGUCUCUGUGAUCAAUCGGCUGACCGGGAAGAAGAUCACUGGAAGCAAGGCACCUCCUCUGAAGCACCUUGCCGAGUGGUUAGAGAAAAACCCCAUGUUUGAUGUUGACCCAAAAUGGUCACAGCUUGUCAAGGAACGGAGGUGGUUGCAGCAGGCAAAACAAAAUGAAGAUGCGAAAAACCAGAUGUCUCAGUCAACAUCUGCAAGGCGCAAACGUGGUCAUCUUCCGGAUAUGCCAAAGGAGCGCAUGGCAGUCCCCGAGAGCAAGCGCGGCAGGAGGACGGCUGCGUCCCUCUUGUCGAGCCUGCAUCAGUCUGGUCUCGGGGGAGCCUCCUCAUCUUCUGGUGGCGCGGCGAACCUCGGGUUUCCCUCUACCUCCGCCCUGAACCCUCUGAGCUUCAGCAGCAGCAUGCUGGGAAACUUUCCAGGGCUCAAAUUCUUUAUGGAGCCCGGCAAGUCGUCAGCAGCCGUGACAUCCCCAUCAACGUCAUCGGCCACGCCCCCUCUCUUUUUGCCCUUUGGCGGCCUGGCAGGCAUGGGAUUGGCCAAUCCUCUGUUCAGCUUCCCCGGCCUGGGCUUCCAAGGCCUACCCUUUGAGGAGGCCAAGGAAACCAAGGCCCAAGAUGGUGAGCGGGCCCCCAGCAAGGAGCGCCAUAGCAAGGGUACCCCCAGCAGCAGCGCCAGCAGCAGCGCAAACCUUCCCACCUCGUCAGCCAGCUUAGCCUCCACAUCUUUUCCUUUCCUGUACCCCUCAGGACUGCUCUACAAUCCCUUGGGCCUGGGUGGCUUCUCUCUACCCACCAACAUGUCAGCCUCGUUUGCCUCUCUGGCCCAGGCAGGCCUGGUGAAUGGCCUCGGGGGGCUGGGUAGUGUCAUCUCAUCAGCGGCAGGCAAGGCCCCUUCAGCAUCCCUGGCCAGCUCAAGGCGGCCUGCCGCACCCUCGGUCACAUCUGCCCUCGGGGCUGGCCUGCGCAGCAGUGUGCUUCCUCCUCCACCAUCCACCACUACUGCUCGCCGGCCAGCACCUAUCCCCCCACCAACCCUUGACUCUGAUGAUGAGAGUCUCAUGGGCAAUGACAUGGACGACCUGGAUGAUCUCGAUGACCGCGACAACUCGGAUGAGCUAGAUGAUGAACCAGACCACAAGCGGCCACGUGAGGAGCGGUCCAGCAAAAAGCCAGAACCGCAUGACAAGGUUGCUUCAUAGCUGGCCUCCACGGACAUUAACUUGGGGUCUGGCUUGGGAGGCACCUCUGGGUUUCUCUUUUGUACUGUUUGUUGUAUUUAUGGUUGGUCACUGGAAAGACUCGCAUUUGGUUGAAAAACCUCUGUCCUGUAUGGAUGCUGCACCUUUGUUCUCCAUUUAGAUGCCUUGUUCGUUGUAUUUAGUUUAUCGGUUUGAACAGGCUUUUUCAUUUUUUCUCCUCCCUUUCCUUCCCUUUUAUACAUCUACGGGUUUCUCUACAGUGCAAACACGUGAAGCAAUGGGCUUCUUGCAUAGCACAUUUCAUUUGUCUAAAUUCAUGUAUUGGUGUUGCUCUUUAUGCUGGUUGAUUAUGAAUUUUUUCAUUUGGUGAAGCAAGCAACAGGCACCUCACUGCUUGGCCAUGUGUGACCAUUUAAAGUCCCAUCACUUAAAUGUUUCUUACGGGUGAGACAUUCCUGAAGCUUUCUUUAUACUUUUUCUUGCUUUUCUUUCUGCAUCUGCUUAUAUUUUAUGUACCUCUCAAAAAGCACGUACUUACAGAAGGCGAAGUAAAUGUCGCAUUACGUGAGCUGAGAGGAACAUGAAAUUAUCCUUUGCGGCAACAUUUUAAGGAAUGUGUAAAUAAUAGUUGUCCUUAACAUGUGGCUCGCACAAGAAUUUGCAGGUGAAAUUAGGGAAAUAGACCAUCACAGUUAAUGACACGUUUUGUCUCCAGAUGGUAUCCUUUCUGCAAACUUCAUAUACACCUGUGCUUUGGUACUUUGGUUUCCUUUUUAUGCUUUUGCCACAGUAUAAUUGUGUGUGUGCAUGUGUGUGUGUGUGUGGGUGUGUGUGUGUGUGUGUGUGCGUGCGUGCGUGCAUGCAUACAUGGUUAGAAUGAAUGGCUCUCGUUGAAAUCUCACAAUGUAUUUAUUUUUUACUCAUUUGAAGGUCAUGGGAGUGUAGGCCACACUUUAUGAACAGAACUGUGGUAGCAUUGUUGUCAAGGUGUUUUGUUUUCUUCUAAUCUACUUUACAGAAAUUGAAUGCAGGACGAAGAAAAAUCCUGCUUUUUAAAGUUUGUUUUUAACUGGGUAUUGUAAGCAAGAUUCAGAAAGCCGUGGAGUGGGCUCCUAAUGUGCAUCUUCGUGGCCCCUUUUAGUGCACAUCGGAGACCAGCGUCUGCAUUGUUAGGAUUUUAAGACGUGCUUAGGGUCAUGUCUGGUGGCAUUGUACAAAGAAUUUGCGGUUGUGUACAGAUAUCGUCCUCCGCCCUCUUGCCCCGUGCAGCUUGUUUUGCUAAACAUCCAUGUCAUGAAAUAGGAAAAUGCUAUCUGCCAUUGAUUGAACUGACAAAGGCACUGAAGGAUUCUGACGACACAUUUUGACCUGCUUCUGUCAGAACAGCUGUUCUAAAAAAAAGGUUAUUUUGGACAUCUUAUAUAUAUAUAUAUAUAUAAUGUACACACACGCAUACAUAUAUAUAAUUAUAUACAUUACACAUGCAUUUCCUCCUUAGAUUUUUUUUUUUUUUUCCUAGACAUCUUUUACUUUGCCUUCAGGUGCAGGGCAGGGGCAUUCUUAUUGACCAUUUUGUGUAAGAUUACUUGAAUGUGUGCGUCGUCUUGUCAGCGGUUCAGACAUGAUGAAGCAUUUGUGUAUAGCUGUGAAACCAUUGUAAAAGUUCUACGAACAAGUAAUAUUGUAUGUUUCUACUUGUUUUUAAAGGGCACUGUGGUAGUGCUGCUUUAUUCCUAUUUUUCCAUUAAGUUUUGACUGCUUUUAUGUUCUGUGGCUUUCUCUGCAUACUCAGUUUCUGUUGCAUACACCAACUUUUUUUUUAUAUAUAUAUAAAUAUAAUAGUGCCUUCUUUGCACCACUGUCCUUGUUUUGUAGCUGAGUUUUUAUGUUGUCAUUUAUUGACAGAGAACUUAUAUGCAAUGCCUGCCUUUGCUUUAUUUCUUUAACCACAGUGUAAAAUUUAUUUAUUUGCUGCUUUGCUCUGCAGUUUUGUUGAUGUUAGCUUGAGGUGAGUCGACCUGGUCACCUCAUUAGCGUUGGAGUAAGGUAGUUGUGUGAGCUGAGAAUGCGUGUCCCUUUGCCCUUCAGUCCUUUUUAUUUUCUCAUCAUUUUUUAGUCAGCUUAGAGGUAGCUAUCUCAGAAGGCGGGCACGGAGAAGUCUACAAGAGUCGUGCCUUCUGUGUCGACAAAGGAAACCCUGUACAUGCAGUGUUGGUGGGGAAAAAAAAAAAAAAAAUUAAAAUAAGCGACGUUGGACUUUUUGUGACACCAACAAUGUCAUAGUGCAUGAGUGAUGCAACCUUUCAUAUAGUGUUUGUACAAGUGUAUGAAAUUAAAUCUUGAAAGUGAAAGAACAA